AAAACAACAUAUUUGAGAAUUUAAAAACAAACAGUUUUUUGGGCCAAAUAAACAAAUAUUUAAAACAUAAACAACAUUCCCCAUUUCGACAUAAUCCUUGGAACAGGAAUUAGAGACGAACAGAAGAACAGCUAAAUCAAACAUUUUGGGAUUGAACAACUGCAUUAAAGGAAUAACAACUAUAAAAUUUCAAUCGAAGCAGCGCAACCAAAAAAUAAAAGAAAGGAUUUCACAGCUAAACAACAUUUGGAAUUAAUUUUUAUUUUUGUGGCAAAACUAAGGAAAGGAAACACAUUUUGCAAACAAAAGAAACAGAUCUAUAAUAAAAAGUGAAAAUCUGCUCAUGUACGAGAAAUUCGAUAAAACCGAAAUUGCAUUUCAGUCAGAAAUUUCGAAUAAACAUGUGAGGAAUACAUGUGGUUUGGCAACUCAUUGGAAUCAGUGAGAGAGAAAACAUUUCAAAUAUAAUUUAAAAUUAAACAACGAGAAGAAGAAAACAAUUUAAACAAACACAAGAAGAAGACAAUUAAGAAGAAAGGAACUUCAAAUGAUUAAGAAAAUGCGAGCCUUGAAAAGAAAUAAAUGAAACAAGCAACAAAGCAGUAAAAACAAAAACAAACAAAUAAAAAAUCGAAAAGCAAAAACAAAAAAUCAAAAAUGUGCAACAAAAGUCAAUAAGGAAAAGCUAACAGUAAACGCAGCAUCUACUGUCUACAAUCCCAGAAGGGAAGCUGCAACAACUUGCAGCAGCAGCAGCAGCAGCAGAACCGCAACAACAACAACAACAGCAACAGUUAGAGCAACAGCAACAAAUAUAACCAAACCGUAACGAGAACCACUACAAAAUGGCCAUCAAUUUCUCGGCCUCCUUUGCGGCCUGCAUAGCGGCAGGCCUGAAGGUGCCGCGCCAGAUAAUGUACUGCAUUACGCAGGACACGGGCCAGCCGUACGUCCUGUACAAGGACUCGCAGGACGCGGAACGCAAUGCGGGCGCCAUCGGCGCCAGCGCCACCCAAUGGGGCAGCGAGAUGUACCCCAAUAUACAGCAGCAGGCACAGCAACAUCUCAGCGCACAGCAGCAACAGCAACAGCAGCAGCAGCAGCAACAACAGCAGCAGCAACAGCAACAACAACAGCAGCAGAACGCCACAGUUGCGGCGCAGGCAGCGGCAGCAGCGGCCGCCGCUGCAGCAGCGGGCCAGCCACAGAGUCCGCCGAGCGGCCAGGAGCCGCGCGACAAUGGCAGCGGCGAUGGUCGGCAGCAGCAGGUCUCGCCCUCCUCCAGUCCGUAUCCAUCGGUGCAGCAGCAGCAGCAGCGAGCGAAUGGCAAUGCCGACGACGACGCCAUGAAUCAGCUUGCCAACCAACAGAACUCCGCGCCAAAUCCAAACCAAAGCAGCAACGAGCCGCAGCACGCGCCCACGAAUGGGGGCGAGGCUGGGCAGGGUAAUCCGCAUGUGCAGCAGAAUGGCGGCGGUCAGCCACAGGGUGAUCCGAGCAAUGGCUUCCAGACGCCCGACUACUAUGCGCCGCGACAUGGAGCGCCGCAGGGCGGCAUGCUGGCGCCACCUGGCUUCCCGCCGUUGCACUACCUGAACAAGGGCGUGCUGCCCAUGGAGCAGAACGGAGGCGAAUCGUAUGCGCUGCCCGAGCUGCUGCCCGGCCAGCAACAGCAGCAGCAGCAGCAGCAACAGCAACAGCAGCAACAGAACGGAGCCCAGCCGAAUGGCGGGCAGAACGGCGGCCCGGCCAAUGGCAAUGCCAAUGAGGGCGCCGCGGCGGCCAAUGGCGGAGCAGCGGGCGCCACGGGGACGACGAGCGGCCGCACGGGACCUGGCCGCCCGCACAAGAACAAGCCGCACAGCGAUCUGCGGCUGUUCAAGUGCCUCACCUGCGGCAAGGACUUCAAGCAGAAGAGCACGCUGCUGCAGCACGAUCGGAUCCAUACGGAUGCCCGUCCAUUUCCGUGCUCCGAGUGCGGCAAGCGCUUUCGACAGCAGUCGCACCUGACGCAGCAUCUGCGCAUCCAUGCCAACGAAAAGCCAUUCACCUGCCCGUACUGCUCGCGCAGCUUCCGGCAGCGAGCCAUACUCAAUCAGCACAUACGCAUCCAUUCGGGUGAGAAGCCCUUCGCCUGCCCCGAGUGCGGCAAGCACUUUCGCCAGAAGGCCAUCCUCAAUCAGCAUGUGCGCACCCACCAAGGCGAGCGACAGUUAACACAUCCAUUACCGAUAACGAUAACGAUAGGCGAUGAUGUCUCGCCGCAUCUCAUCUUCAAGAACGGACCCCAUCCGACGCUCUGGCCCUCGGACGUGCCCUUUCCGGGCGAGGAUGCGGACUCGAAGGGCGACAUUGCCGUCGCUGGCGGCGGCUACCACGACGAGGAUUCGCAGGGCACACCCGACGGCAGCGGUGGCAUGCACUAUCCGUCCUACUUCAAGGAUGGCAAGGGCCAGAAGAUCCUGCCCGAGGUGCUGCAGCAUAUUGGCGUGCGGCCGGCGAAUAUGCCGCUCUACGUGCGCUGCCCCAUCUGCGACAAGGAGUUUAAGCAGAAGACGACGCUGCUGCAGCACGGCUGCAUACACAUCGAAUCCCGGCCGUAUCCGUGUCCGGAGUGUGGCAAGCGUUUCCGCCAGCAGUCGCAUCUCACGCAGCAUCUGCGCAUCCAUACGAAUGAGAAGCCCUUCGGCUGCAUGUACUGUCCGCGCUUCUUCCGGCAGCGAACCAUUCUGAACCAGCACUUGCGCAUUCACACUGGCGAGAAGCCCUACAAGUGCGGCCAGUGUGGCAAGGACUUCAGGCAGAAGGCCAUAUUGGAUCAGCAUACGCGCACCCACCAGGUAGGCGAUCGUCCGUUCUGCUGUCCCAUGCCGAAUUGCCGGCGACGCUUUGCCACGGAGAACGAGGUGACGAAGCACAUUGACAACCACAUGAAUCCCAACAGCACCAAGGUGCGCCGGCAGCAGCAACAGCAACAGCAGCAGCAGCAACAGGUGCAGCAGGUGCAACAGCAGGUGCAGCAGCAACAGCAGCAGCAGCAGGUGCAGCAGCAGCAACAGAACGCCGCCGCCUCGGCUGCUGUCGUCAAUCAUCUGAUGAACGAUGCCAAGAGCCUGGCCGCGCAGCAAUUCCUCAACAACAACAAUCCCGCCGCCGUGGACAACAAGGCCAACAUAUUGCCAGUGCGCAGCAUGGCGGCGAAUGCGGCGGCGGCAGCGGCCGUCGCCCAGCAAUCGGUGGUCAAGAAUGAGCUAUACUUUCCGCAGUGCUACGGCCCGCCCUUCCAGCACCCCUUCCACGCCCAGCAGCAGCAGCAACAGCAGCAGCAGCCGAGCGCCGCCCACGCCAAUGGACCCACGCCUCCUGUGACGGUUACCGUGGCCAGUGCGCCGGGCGUGGUGGUGCAGCAGAAUGCGGCCACCUCUGUGGUGGCCCAGUGACAUCCCACCACUGGAGCAGCUGGAGCACAACAGCAACAGCAGCAGCAGCAACAACAGCAACA